GACACCCCCAGACAACACCGAGACUUCUUCGACGAUUGCUGGGGGUCGCAAGAGAGAAGCACAGGACAAUGCGUGAAUGUAUCUCUGUCCAUGUUGGCCAAGCCGGUGUCCAGAUGGGCAAUGCCUGCUGGGAGCUGUACUGCCUGGAACAUGGCAUCCAACCUGACGGGCAGAUGCCCAGUGAUAAGACCAUCGGAGGGGGUGACGACUCCUUCAACACGUUCUUCAGUGAGACGGGAGCUGGGAAGCAUGUCCCACGAGCUGUCUUUGUCGAUUUGGAACCAACUGUGAUCGAUGAGGUCCGCAGUGGUACCUACCGCCAGCUGUUCCACCCUGAGCAGCUGAUCACCGGCAAGGAAGAUGCUGCAAACAACUAUGCUCGUGGGCACUACACCAUUGGUAAAGAGCUGAUUGACCUGGUUCUGGACAGGAUCCGUAAGCUGGCCGACCAGUGCACUGGGCUCCAGGGCUUCCUCAUCUUCCACAGCUUCGGGGGAGGCACUGGCUCCGGCUUCACUUCCCUGCUGAUGGAGCGUCUCUCUGUUGACUAUGGUAAAAAGUCGAAGUUGGAGUUCUCCAUCUACCCUGCUCCUCAGAUCUCCACAGCGGUGGUGGAACCCUACAACUCCAUCCUCACCACACACACCACCCUCGAGCACUCAGACUGUGCCUUCAUGGUAGAUAAUGAAGCCAUCUACGAUAUCUGUCGUAGAAACCUGGACAUUGAACGUCCAACUUACACUAACCUAAACCGCCUGAUUGGUCAGAUUGUCUCCUCUAUUACAGCAUCCCUUCGCUUUGACGGUGCUCUGAAUGUAGAUCUGACCGAGUUCCAGACCAAUUUAGUGCCAUACCCACGUAUCCACUUCCCUCUCGCCACCUAUGCCCCUGUGAUCUCGGCUGAGAAAGCUUACCAUGAGCAGCUGUCUGUGUCUGAGAUCACCAACUCCUGCUUUGAGCCAGCCAACCAGAUGGUCAAGUGUGACCCUCGUCAUGGCAAGUACAUGGCAUGUUGCCUGCUCUACCGAGGUGACGUGGUGCCAAAAGACGUCAAUGCCGCUAUUGCCACCAUCAAAACCAAGCGCACCAUUCAGUUUGUGGACUGGUGCCCAACUGGGUUCAAGGUUGGCAUCAACUACCAGCCUCCCACUGUGGUGCCCGGUGGUGACCUGGCCAAGGUGCAGCGUGCAGUGUGUAUGCUGAGCAACACCACAGCCAUAGCUGAAGCCUGGGCUCGGCUUGACCACAAGUUUGAUCUAAUGUAUGCCAAGCGUGCCUUUGUGCACUGGUACGUGGGGGAGGGGAUGGAGGAGGGGGAGUUCUCCGAGGCUCGUGAGGACAUGGCGGCCUUGGAAAAGGACUAUGAGGAGGUUGGCACUGACAGUGUCGAGGGGGAAGGGGAAGGGGAGGAAGGCGAAGAGUAUUAGGUAACGAAAAGCCCCCCCUGAGAGGGAGAGUUUGGGAGUGAAGAAUGCACAAACUCAAACCUGUUCCUUUGAGAGGAAAUUCUUUCCAUGAACAACAUUCCUCUCCCUCCCCAUUUAUCUUAACCCGGGAGUAGAUGAGUUCUUCUCAAACUGAGCUAUUUACCGCUUUAUUCACAAAUCAUCGGAAAGACAAAGGAAUACAAAUUGGCCGAUCAUUACACCAUAGUUACGUAAACUCAACAUGUACAUGUCUGGUAAACUCCCAGAAACCCAAGGUCGCUGCUGGGAUAAUCCCCCCCUCCCCGCCGCUGCCUUUCUAUUGCCAUACCCAAAAGUCCAUUGACACUUCUAUCAGGUCACCUUCUUUCCUCUCAAGGGAAAGUGCAGAAACAGAGAAAAGGUUGGGUCAAUUGUUGGUUUACCUCUCAAUGUGUGGACACUUUGGAGCAAAAUAAAGAAUUUCCACCAAGA